AUUCAUAUUUUCCAGUUGCAUAAGUAGUCCUCUCCGAAGUGUGUGACCUAAAAAGUUAUUCAGUUUAGCCAAAAUGCGUCCAUUGAUUGCAUUCUUGCUGUUAAUAACGGCUCUGGCCUGCGCCUCAUCAGGGUCUCCAUCCAAUAAAAACUACUCAGUGUACAAGAUUACCAUCGUAAUGGAUAAAGAUCAACAGGUUAUUGAAGAACUCCUUUUGCAACCCGACAAUUAUAGCUUAUGGGACCAGAAAUCAUACUUUAUCUAUAUAAGGGUGAGCCCCAGUGCACAUGAAACUUUCCUAAACAGAAUGCGAAAGGAACGUAUGGUUGCUGAAUUGGUCGAAGGUUUUUCUGAGAAGCCUGUAGAAGAAGUUAGCAACAUUCUAACAGCAGAUGAGAAAAAUGAGAGAAAAAAAGUGGAACACUUUUUUGAUGAGAAAAAUGAGAGAGAAAAGUUAAAACACUUUUUUGAUUAA